AUGUUUUCGCUUAUUAAGUCAGUUUUUUCUAAUUUUCAAGAUGAAAAAGAUUUAAAAAUACUAAUUAUUGGUGAAUGUGAUUCAGGUAAGACAAGCUUAUUUAAUUUAAUUAGUAGCUACCAUAAUAAGAGUAAAUAUGAUAUCUUGAACACGGUGUUUUCAAAAAGUGAUAAUAGCAGUAACUGUGCUCUAGGUUUUAAUACAAAAAAAAUUAUUUUUAAUAGAAAAAAUUUGAAAAUAUACGAUUUAGAAGGAACAGCAACAAAUACUAUAAGCAUUUAUGACUGUUAUUAUGAGGACACAGAUGUCAUUUUUUACGUAAUUGAUGCAAAAAUUGAAAAACAUAUUUUUAAAGCAAUUAUAUAUUUAACUUGCUUAGGAAGAAAUAGAAUUAAUGAUAAAAAAAAGAAUAAAAAUGAAAAAAAAGAGGAAUUUUUAAGACCCAUUAUUAUAUUGGGGAAUAAGUCCGAAGAUAAUUCUUCUUUUUUUUCUGCACCUUGUAUAUCUAAUUAUAUUAAAUCUAUUGAUAUUUAUAAGAAUGAAAAAUUCUGGCAAUUUUUUUUAUCGAAUAAUAACACAUUUCUAAACUACUAUUUAGGUGUAUUGUAUGAAAAGGUAGUUGACUACUUAAUAAUAAAUAAAUUUUCUCUAGACAAAUUUUUAGUAUUAGGGAAAGAAAAAGACUAUAAACGAAGGGAAAAACAAGGGUUGGAUAAUUCAGAAUUGUUAAAAAAAUGUAGAAGUUUUAUAGAGGAUAUAAAAAACAAUAAUAAACAUUGUAUAACCAUAGAUGAAGUAGAAAAUAAUGAAUUACUUUGUUAUAUUUUGAAAAAUAUUGUUAACGAAAACAUAAAUUAUUAUAAAUGUAUACCAGUGGAAGUAUACAAUAUAAGCGUAUUGAAAAAUAAGGGAAUUUAUGAAGUUAUUGAAGCAGUUUUUCAAAAGCACUUUAAUAGGGAUAAUCGUACAAUUAAAGGGUAUACUUAUAACAACUUUGAUGAAAAGGACACUAAUGCAAUGAAAUUUGUAGACAGACAGAUUAGUUUUUAUGAGGAUACUAAUGGGAACUAUUAUCAUUCUGAAAAGGGUGAUUGUAAUAUAAUUGUGUCCACUGCAUAUGGAAAAGAUGUUUUAGAGGGUAAUAUUAUUGAUACGAAAUAUAAUGAUGAUAAGUAUGACGAAAAAAGUUAUGAGAAUAACAAAGGGAAUGAAACUUAUAAAAAUUGUCAUAUGAACAUGAAUAAAGGAAGAGAUAAUAGUAAUGCAUUAGUUUGUCCGUAUUUAUCAACGAAAAACGUGCCUUAUGUACAUGGUAGCAAUCAGAAUUAUCUUUUGAAUAAUAAUGAAUCACGUAAUAGUAGAACGGAGGACACGUUAUCAAACACACGAAAUAAUGCAUAUAUCAUGUAUGAAUAUAAUACUAAUCCUGUUAAUUUAUUUAUUGAACAUAUUCAACAUGUAUAUUUUGGAAAAGAUAGUUGUGAAAGUAUUCCUAAUAUAUCAAACUCCUUGAAAGAGAAAAAUGCAAAAUAUGAAAAAAAAAGUAAUAUUUUAAAAAAGACUCAACAGACAAAACAAAUAGAUUUAAUGAAUAUGGAGAACAAUGAAAGACAAAAUGGGACCCAUGUAGAGAAACCAUCGCUCAAAAGAGCUGACCAGCAGCAUCAAGAAAAAGUUGAGGUGAGGCAGGAAUAUGAGGAAGGCGCAUACAAGGAGAUGAUAAUAUACGAGCAGAAAGAAACAUUUGAGGAAAAGAAAACAUUCGAGAAUAAUGAAACAAUUGAGGAAAAAGAAACACAUGAUAGUACAUUAUUUUCAAUAGAAAAAUUUGAACCAGAGAAGAAUGAACAUAAAGAAGGGAAUAUUGUGAAAAGCAUAAAAUGUAAACAAAAUAAGGUGGGUACGCAGGAAAUAAAUGAACAUAUAGAAUAUAAAGAAGACGAGGAAAACGAAGUAGGCUUAAACAAAAGGGACAAAGAUAAAAUUUUACAUAAAGAAGCAAAUAAGAGUAUGGAAGGUACACAAAUUAUUGAAGAACAGGGGAAAAUAAACGAGGAGGAAACAUAUAUAACAAGGUCAAAUAAUAAAAAGAAAAAUGAUAUAAAAAACGAUUUGAACGAACUAUGGAGCAGGCACGAAAAUGACGUUGAAAAUAUAGAAGACGAAGAAAGGAAAGUAAAAGAGCAUUAUGAAUAUGUAGUUGAAGAGAAUGCUUAUGAAGAGGCCGAACUUGAUGGACACGCACACGGAAUGGAAACAUAUUCAAAAGAUAGCUUCCAUUAUAAUGAUGUAUCAUGUGGAGAUAAUUACAAAAAUAAUAUUAGUUACACAGAUUAUUCAUCAAAUGAGGAAAAGAUAAAAAAAGGAAAAGAUUUAUUUCAUAAAAAAAUGAACCCAAAUAAUAAUAUGGACGAUAAUGGAAAUUACAUAUAUAAAAGCAAGAUUUACAAAAAAAAAUAUUCAUUAAAAGAAAAAAAAAAAAAAAAAAAAACUUUUGUAUAA